CGUCCGGAUCCACGGGCCAGGGAAUGCAUGAGGUCAACGGGGGGUCCCCACAAGUAUAGCCCUAUAGGCGCGUGCGUCUCUGAACCCCACCUAGCGGGCCGGCUGGUGUAAAAACCGAGCUGACGUCACAUCUGGAAAACGAAACCUACGACUCGGAGUUUCCCGAGAAGGACUCCGAGAGCGGGCGAGACCCUGGACGGUAUUUAAGCGGCCAGCCGCGGACGCCCGAACGACGCUCUCUGCCGCACGGCUGCGGCGCCCGUAGCUCACGCCUGCUGCCGCUGGCCCGCAUCACCCUCCCGGCGUCCGACCCCCCCCCUCCGAGAACGACUGCACUUGAACUCAACGCUCACCUGCGCCGGCUGAAACCACGUCUCCACAGAAAUGUCUCAUUUUAAACCCCUGCUCAUCCCGUGGCUGCGGACCCAGAUUGACAGUGGCCGGUAUCCUGGUGUCCAGUGGACAAACGCGGAACGAACAGAGUUCUCCAUCCCAUGGAAACACGCUUUAAGACAGGACUCCUCCAGCACUGACGUUCUCAUCUUUAAGGCCUGGGCAGAGGUGAGCGGCAAUGGCCGGGCUCAGGGAGACCCCUCAGUCUGGAAGAGGAACUUCCGCAGCGCCCUCCGAGCCAAAGGCUUCAAAAUGGUUGAUGACAACAAGAACGAUGCCGCUAACCCCCAUAAAGUGUUCCACUGGCCGGACGAUUCGGCAUCAGGAGCUAACUCCUCUGCUGGAUCCCAGGACCAAGAGGACCCCGAUAUAUUUGAGGAUUGUGGCCUUCCUACACAAGAAAGCCAGGUUGUCUCAUGCUUUGAUGACUGUCUCUACCUUCCAGAAGAAACUUUAUUUUCAGUAGAAUCCACUGUCAACCAAGAUAUUCUCCAAGAGUGUCUAAAGGAACUGCACAUUGGCCCUGAAACAGAGGGCACCACAGGCUUUGAGCCACCUCCUGAGCAACAGCAGCUGCAGAAUCCGGUUGUGAUUGGUGGAUACGCGUUGCCUGGGCAACAGCAGUAUCCAGUAACGUUUGAGAGUGCAGGCGGUGAAACUGGGUUGCCUGAGCAACCAGCGCAUCCAAUGGGGGGAGCUGUGGGAGGGGCCUGUGGUGGGCAGCUGGCGGAGAAGUUCCUAAGUACCAUGAACAAAACCAGCGAUAGAAAUAAUUUCAAGACUCAGUUCAGGAUAUCAGUGUACUACAGAGGGGUGAAGGUGUCCGAGCAGCUGGUUGAGAAUGAAGCUGGGGUCCGCUUGGUCUACAGCCCUGAACUCAUCGGGACAGUUUUGGACUACGAAUCAGGCCUGUCCUUGGUCUUUCUGCCAAGUCCUGGAGCCAUGCUGGAUCAAACUCAAGCCAAACUGACCCAACGCAUCCUGGACAAGCUGGGCGAUGGUCUGGACGUAGGGGUGUCAGGCCACGUGGUCUACGGCCAGCGACGGGGUGAAAUCAAAGCAUUUUGGAGCUUCUCUAAGUUUGAUCGUAGCAUACAGCCCCAAGAGGUUUCUAAACUGCAGCCUGAACCACUUUACAUGUUCAGGGACUUUUUGCAAGGAAUAAAGGACUUCACUGAGGGGAGGGCCUGCCCUCCCUGCUCCCUGUUCUUCUGCCUCGGAGAGAAGUGGCCAGACGACAGGCCUUGGGAGAAGAAACUCGUCACAGUGGAGGUGGUGCUGACUUCAAUGGAGUUGCUGAAGAAUUUGGCUGUCGGAGGCGGUGCCUCCUCCCUGCAGUCUGUAGAGCUGCAGAUGUCCCUCGAUGAGAUGAUGGAGAUGUGCUGAUGCGCUUUGCUGUGCCUGAAGAAAGUCAUUGUUUACCCCUCUUUUUAGAAUCCUUAACCUUGACAUGCACAUCUCAGAAAUAAUGAUUUUUACAUGUUUUAUGAACAUUUUAGUUCCUGACUUUAAACCCAAUAGAACAUAUCAGUUAAUAAUAAUAAAGGGUAUUAAAAAUUGCAUCAGUGCUGGUGCAACUUGCUGGUACUGCAAAUAUAUUUAAGCUGCAACUUGUGCCAUGUUUAAACAUAAAAAUGUGCUUGAAAGACAUUCAAAAGUAAAAUGAAUAUAAUGUAACAAUGCCUAAACCACAGACGUGCAGAAAAAAGUAAAGCCUUGAAUAGUUAAGGUCACAGUUAAGGUUACAGACUGGAGUAUAAAGUUCAAGUUGACUCAAUAAGACAGAUGUAAUCAGAGCAUCUGUUAUUGAUGUGUCACAUGAAAUUUAUAGCACAAUAUGCUCAAUAUACAC